AUGCGUCUCCCAGGAGCGUUCCGCGUAGCGCUCGUUGCCGCAGCCGCUCUGUCGUUGUCGUCGCAAGCCGACGAGAUGCGCGCGGUCUCUGUAUCGGGCCAGCAGCACGCGGCCGCUGUUGACGAGGUGGCGGUCCACGCGUCGCAUGUGGUGCGUGUCCUCGCGGCGUCUCCUGUUGCGUCCGAGGAAGAGGAGCCGACCGAAGCGCCAAAGAAGAAGAAGAAGAAGAAAGCGGCAGCAGCUACGGAGGAGCCGGCAGCCGAGAAGAAGACGAAGAAGAAGAAGAAGGAGGAAGAUGCGGACGAUGUGGACACGACGCUUGCCGAGUUGGAGGCGCUUGAGGAGGAAGUCGAAGAGGCGGAAGCGGCCGAGGCGAUAGUCGAAGCCGAGGCCGAGGCGGAGAAGACGAAGAAGAAGAAGGCCGCGUCUGCGCAGGAGGAAGAGCCGGAGAAGCCUGUAAAGAAGAAGGCGAAGAAGAAGGCGACCGAGACCGAAGUAGCUGACGCAAUGGUGGAAGAAAGAGAUGGGAAGGAAAAGAAGGAGGAAGAGAAGGAAGAGAAGGAAGAGAAGAAAGAAGAGAAGGAAGAAAAGGAGGAGAAGGAAGAAAAGGAGGAAGGCGACGACGAGAGCGGCGGCAAGGACAAGAAGGCAAAGGGCAAGUCGAAGGGCGGCUCAUCGGGUCACUCGUCGGAGGGAAGCGCGGACAUCGACAAGAUUGAUCCGAACAACGAAGACGGUUGGAUCAGUGUGUACGAAGACCCGCCGCUGCUCGUGAUCAAGGCCUCGUUGUACGCGUUCAUCGCGUACAAUGACACGGAAGUGUGUGAUACGUUCAAUAUGACGAUGAACGCCGUGGAGCAAAAAGAGGUUGACAAUGGGCUCUCCGCUUACCACGUGGUUGCCUACAUCAACUGCACGAAGAAUGGCGAAGACGUGACGCAGGGUCGUUUCAUUCUGAACUUUAUCCCCGAAGGCAAGCGGCUGUUGUUGACCGAGUGUGGCCACCGCGAAGAAGGUCAGAUUGUCAAUUGGCUGCGCAUCCAGGAGGAAGUGCCCGAGUGCAUGACCCCGAAACAGCGGAAGGAGUUCCUCACGCAGCCCAUGAAGCACAUUCAUGCGAGCAACGGUAGCACCGACGGAGAAGCUGUGCAGACGGAUUUCUUGACGCGACUCGAGGAGUUGGACGGAGAGGAGGUGGCGAUCUUUGGGUCUGCCACCGUUGCGCUCAUUGCCGUGAUUGUCGUGCUGGUGGUGUUUUGUAUGCGGAAGCGCAAGGCCCAGAUGGAUUUGGAACGUACCAUUGCCGGUGCGAAAGCGGAGCACGCUGUCGAGGACGAUGACCUGCAGACGGAGGUAGAAGAGAAGGCGACGAAGGAGCGCAAGGGCUUGAUGGAGAGCGCGAAGGCGAAGAACAACGACGACCCCGAUAUGGAAGAGGGCUCGUUCGUGAACUCGCCCGCCGUGCGCGUGUAA